AUGGGCAAAGAAGUGAAACUUCUUGACGAUAUAAUGACAUCACCACCGAAACUUGAUAGAACGAUAUUUUUCCAGGACACAUCGUGUAAAAAUGGGAUCGUGUCAUUUACUCCGAGACAAGCAUGUGCCAUCGAAUCGACUGCAAUGUGGAAUCCGAACCGUGAUAUUUUUGUAUUGUUCACUUCACCUGUGGGCUUGCCUUCAAAUGGACAGAUCAAUUCACCAUUAGUGAAAGCAUUGUCAACGUACUCGAACAUUCAGUAUCGCAACGUGGAUUGGUAUAAAUUUUCCGUUGGUACACCAGCCGAAGAAUGGGUGAAAAAAGAUAAAAUGCUCACAACAAUACAUUUCAUGGGUCAUUUGUCGGACUUUCUUAGGCUUUUGGCUCUCUACAAAUUCGGUGGAAUUCAUAUAGACUUGGAUUUUAUCGUUAAAUCAACAUUUGAACAGUUUCCACCCAAUUUUAUCGGUGCGCAAGACGAUAAAGAAAUACAAAAUUCAUUUUAUGGCUUUGAAUCGAGAGAUGUCGGUCACAAAAUUGUUGAAUUGUUUCUAAG